UGAUCAUUUUGUAGUGUAUACAGAUGUCGAAUUUUAAUGCUGUACACCUGAAACUUAUGUAAUAAAAAAAGCAAAAAAAACCCCGAGAGCUCCCUGUACUGGUCUUGACUUAUUUCCUGUCCGUAGUGUACAGCAUUGUAGUAAACAGAGCAAAACAAUUCUCCCUUCUCACCCGUGCAGCUGCCUCUUGAAUUUAUUUGAUGGCCCGCACUAUGGAACCACUGGCAAAGAAGAUCUUUAAAGGAGUUUUAGUAGCUGAACUUGUGGGCGUUUUUGGAGCAUAUUUUUUGUUUAAUAAGAUGAACACAAGCCAAGAUUUCAGGCAAACAAUGAGCAAGAAAUAUCCCUUCAUCUUGGAAGUUUAUUACAAAUCCAUUGAACAGUCUGGAAUGUAUGGAAUCAGAGAGCAAGAUCAAGAAAAAUGGAUGAACAGCAAAAAUUAGCAAUUUGGCCACUGAUCAAGGUUUAUCCUAUUUCAUAGUAUUAGGCAAGAUUAAAAUUCCAAAGUUGACACAGAUGGAUUAUGGAAUAUUUAAGGCAAAAUGUAAAUUCUAAUUAUGUACGAGGUUUUAUUCUUUGGACUAUGAAAUUGAUGGAAGGUAUGUUUAUUAUGUUAUAAAUGAAGUUUUGUUUAUACUACUCAAAAUAAAGUGGUUCUCUUUAAAACUCA